AUGGGUGACUCGAAAGCCCCGAAACCAAAGCAAUGGAUCCUGAAUGCGUUCACCAUGAGCACGCCGGGACAUUUAGCUUCAGGCCUAUGGCGGCAUCCGCGCAAUCGUACUACGCAGUACACGGAUAUUGAGUAUUGGACUGACCUCGCGAAAAUACUGGAGAAGGGGAAGUUCCACGGACUGUUCAUCGCAGAUGUACUAGGCCAUUAUGGUGUAUAUAAAGGAGCAGGCAGCAUCGAUCCUGGAUUGCCAGGCGCCGCGCAAUUUCCUAUUUCAGACCCCUUUUUGCCGAUCGCAGCAAUGGCAGCAGUGACAAAGAAGUUAUCGUUUGGUGUUACCGCUUCAACAACCUAUGAGAACCCGUUUCUGCUCGCCAGAAGGUUUGCGACUCUUGAUCAUCUGACGAAGGGUCGUAUAGCAUGGAAUGCGGUGACUAGCCAUCUGGAGAGUGCGGCAAAGAAUGUCGGCCUGGAGACGCAGAUCCCCCACGAUGAGCGAUAUCAAAUGGCGGACGAGUACCUGACAGCGACUUACAAGCUAUGGGAGGGGUCGUGGAGGGAUGACGCGGUUGUCAAGGACGACACGCAGUACACUAUGCCUGGGCGAGUAAGAUACAUAAACCACGAAGGGAAGUACUUCAGGACAGCAGGCCCGCUCACGACCGAGCCAUCCUUACAGCGAACACCCUUCAUCUUCCAGGCUGGAUCAAGCAGUGCCGGGAAGGCCUUCGCAACCAAACACGCCGAGUGUCUGUUUCUAGCGGGAAUGGAUCCGCAAGCUGUUCGUAGAUCAGUAGAAGACAUCCGCAGACUUACUGCAGAACAAGGCCGAGAUCCGAACAGUGUCAAGACUAUUGCAGGUGUAUCCAUCAUCGUCGACGAAACCGACGAGAAAGCCCAGGCGAAGUACGAAGAAUACCUAUCGUACGCCGACCUGGAAGGAUCCCUGACCCUAUUCGGCGGCUGGACAGGAACGGAUCUCUCUCUGAUCAACGACGAUGACGACCUGAAGUUCACGAGACCAGGCGCGAUCCAGAGCCUCGUAUCGACAUGGAGUGCAACGGUCCCUGGUACCGACAAUGUCAAGUGGACUAAAGCACGAGUAGCCCGAGAGCUCGCCAUAGGAGGAGCACACGCCAGAGCCAUCGGAUCGGCCACCACUGUCGCCGAUUUCCUGGAACACUGGGUCGAAGAGUCGGGGAUUGAUGGCUUCAAUCUCUCGUACGCGGUCAAUCCGGGUGACUUCGAGGACAUUGUGAAGUGGUUACUGCCGGAGCUGAGGCGGAGAGGCGUAUUCUGGGAUGACUAUGAGGCGAGCACGACUAGGGAGAAUUACCUUGGGGACGGAAAGGGACCUAGACUAAGAGAUGAUCAUCCGGGGUCGAAGUUCAAAUGGGCAGCUGAAUAA